GUCAGGACGCGCUCUGUGACGUCAGCACGCUGGCCGGAGUGGACCCAUAGGAGUGUCAAGAUGGCGGAGGAGCACUUCUAUCUGGAGCUGAGCGAGAACCCGGUGCAGUUUGAACACGCGUCCAGCGUCAACAACGUCUUCUUCGACGAGGCUAACAAGCAGGUGUUUGCGGUGCGUUCAGGUGGAGCGACAGGUGUGGUGGUCAAAGGCCCAGACGACAAGAGCAGCGUUGCCUUCAGGAUGGACGAUAAAGGAGAAGUGAAAUGCAUCAAGUUCUCCAUCGGGAACAAGAUCCUGGCCGUGCAGAGAACCUCCAAGUCCGUGGAUUUCAUCAACUUCAUACCGGACUAUCCUCACACAGAGUUCACGCAGGAAUGCAAGACGAAGAAUGCCAGCGUUUUAGGGUUCUGUUGGACCAACUGGAACGAGAUCAUCUUCGUGACGGACCAGGGGAUCGAGUUCUACCAGGUGUUUCCAGACAAGCGAAGUCUGAAGCUGCUGAAGAGUCAGAGCAUCAACGUGAACUGGUACCAGUACUGCCCGGAGACGUCCGUCAUCCUGCUGUCCACCACCGUGCAGGGAAACGUCCUCCAGCCGUUCAGCUUCAGGAACGGCGCCAUGUCCAAGAUGAACAAGUUCGAGAUCGAGCUGCCCGUCGUCCCCAAACCGGCCAAACUCAGCCUGUCCGAGCGGGACAUCGCCAUGGCAACCAUCUACAAUCAGCUGUACGUGAUGUACCUGAAGCAUCACUCCAGGACGGCCAACAGUCCCAGCGCCGAGGUGGUGCUGUACCACCUGACCAGGGACGGUACCUGUAAGAAGAGUCACGUGCUGAAGCUGAACACUACGGGGAAGUUCGCCCUCAACAUCGUGGACAAUCUGGUCGUGGUUCAUCACCAGAGCUCCCAGACGUCUCUGAUCUUCGACAUCAAGCUGAAGGAUCCAGACUGUGCAGUCAACACACACCAGCCCGUCCUCCCGGCCCGGUCCAUACACCCCUACAGGAUCCCUCUGUCAGGUCCAGCAGUGGUUCCCUCUCAGCCUCCGGUCCCGUGUCAGCUCUAUUCGUCGUCCUGGAGCGUUUUCCAGCCCGACAUCAUCAUCAGCGCCAGUGAAGGUUACCUGUGGUACCUCCAGGUGAAGCUGCCUCCCACCGUCAACCUGCUGCAGGACAAAGGCAAACUGAUGGACUUCCUGUUACGGAGGAGAGACUGUAAGAUGGUCAUCCUGUCCGUCUGCUCUCAGAUCCUCCAGGGGGGGGAGAAGGGGAGUCUUCCUGUUGUGGCGACCGUCUUCGACAAACUCAACCAGGUGUAUAAAGAAUACCUGGAGGCGGAGCAAAGCUACACCGCGGCCGUGGAGUCCGGUUCCAGUCGAGGCAGCGCCGCCCAGAAGCGUCCGGUCCGAACUCAGGCCGUCAUCGACCAGUCCGACAUGUACACACACGUGUUGUCAUCUUUCACCGAGAGGAAGGGCGUCUCCCAUAAGUUCGUCAUCGCGGUGCUGAUGGAGUACAUCCGCUCUCUGAACCAGUUCCAGAUCACGGUGCAGCAUUAUCUGUACGAGCUGGUGAUCAAGACGCUGGUGCAGCACAACCUGUUCUACAUGUUGCACCAGUUCCUCCAGUAUCACGUCCUCAGCGACUCCAAACCUCUGGCCUGUUUGCUUCUGUCUCUGGAGAGCACGUAUCCUCCAGCCCACCAGCUUUCUCUGGACAUGUUGAAGCGUCUGUCCACGGCCAAUGACGAGAUCGUGGAGGUUCUGCUGUCGAAGCAGCAGGUUCUGGGCGCGCUCAGAUUCAUCCGCAGCGUCGGAGGCCACGACAACGUGUCGGCCCGGAAGUUCCUGGACGCGGCCCGACAGACGGGAGACCAGAUGCUGUUCUACACCGUGUUUCGGUCGUUCCAGCAGAGAAACCAGAGGCUCAGAGGGAGUCCCAGCUUCAACCCCGGGGAGCACUGUGAGGAGCACGUGGUCCACUUCAAGCAGCUUUUUGGGGAGCAGGCGCUGAUGAAACCCUCCACGGUCUGAACCCAGAACCAGAACCAGAACCAGGCUCAGACCAGAACCAGGCUCAGACCAGAACCCUCAGGACCAAACGGACCGAGCUCUGCUGAUGAGGACGAAGCUGCGUCUGGAGGAGACGGAAGUUUGUUCCAGAUAAAUCGGUUUAAAUUAAACUGUAUGAAGAAAUGUUUUAAUGCUAUAAUUAAAUAUAUUAUGUCCAUGUGUUUAAAGUGACUGUGUAAAGAUGAAUAAAUAAAACUGGACUAUGUGUUUCGGCUACUACACCAACAUCAUUUUGACUGUGUAGCAGCAGCAUGAGUCAGUUUUUUUUUUUUUUUGUAACAAAGCCACUUUCUACACAAAGUUAGAAAUUAAAGCAGAAAGCUAUAAUUUAGUUUUAUUACCCUCUUAUGAUCUCACUGGACAGAAACUGAACUGAUUAAUAGUUUCUCUGCAUAAAUCUCUUAAAACACUUCAGCACUUUACAAAACUACAACAAAUCAGUCACUUAAUCCUUUAAAUGCAAAGUUUCAUCGUUUAAAGUCGCUGUUAUUUUUUACGAGGAAAAAAAAAAGCUAUUUUCUGAAAAACUAAUGUUGGAAGCUCGAGCAUUUUUUCAGCGUAGUCCUGGAUACGACCAAGAUCAUCUAAAAUAUUGACUUGAGUGCAUUAUUAGUUUUUGUGUAGCAUGUUAAAAAACAAAGAUUAAUCAGAUCAAAUUCAAAUUUCUGUCAUUUUGUUGGAUUUCAACUCAUUUGUUGAUAAUUCCUGACACAUAGUUGUAUUUAAUUAAAUUGUGAAACAUGUAAAGUGAACCAGUGUUAAAUAUAGAUGUGUUUCUAUUCCAGGAGUCAAACUAUGAAACUGUCUAGAUGACAAACAGAAAUUGUGCAGGUCACUGGUGACUUUCAGAAAAGCCUUAAAAUGUAAAAUAAUUAUUCUCUAAAAGAUUUUUCUGUUUUUUUUUUUUUUUUUGGUUUACUUUUCAUUCUUAUGUUCUGCUCGUGGACAGAGUUUAUGUUUUCUACAAAAUAGGCAACAAUAAUCUAUGACUUCAUGUGUAAAAUCUAUGUCAUGAUGAAUUUAGGGUUUUAUUUUUCCUUUUACUGUCGGUUUGAUCAUUGAUUCUUGUUUGUGUGACUGAAAAUAAACCACAUCGUAUCAUA